AUGCCAGCUUCCGAGUUCCUCACUACCCAGACUAUGGGCGGGUACCUGGUGGUUCUUGCUUUGGCUGGCGGCCUGUCAUACUACUACAUGGCCGAGAAGGAGAAGCAGAACACCUCCAAGGGAGUCAAGCAAUACGUCGAGCCGCGUAAGGAGAACAACGCAAAGAAGCAGAGAAAGGCUGCCUUUGCCUCACAAAAGACGGACGACAAGGGCUCCUCCAGCGCAGUCUCCAGCAGCCCAAGCCCAUGGCUGAGCAACGACCCCGAUGAGAAGGUCGACAACAAUGACUUUGCCAAGCGGAUGGCUGCUGCCAAGGAGGGCAAGAAGUUCGAUGGCAAGUCCUCCACAUCAGCCAAGAAGCAGAAGCAGAAGUCCGUCAAGCAAUCUCGCGCUGUGGAGAAGGACGAAAAGAAGGUGCAGGUCGCCGACGAGGAGCCUUCCGCUCCCGCCCAGGCCCCCGCUGUUGAGGCUGUCGAGGAGGCUGAAGAGGCCGAGGAGUCUCCUGCUACCUCCCCCGAGGUCGCCCCCGUCGACCCCAGUGGUGUCAACGACAUGCUCGAGCCCGCCGCUGCCGGCCCCUCCGUCCUUCGCCUCACCGGCACCGACAAGGAGAAGCCCAAGCCCAAGAACCAGAAGGUCCCCGAGAAGGCUGAGACGAAGAAGCAGCGCCAGAACCGCCAGAAGGCCGAGGCCAAGAAGGCUGCUCGCGAGGAGGACGAGAAGGAGCGCAAGGUGCUCCUCGAGAAGCAGCUCCGUACUGCUCGCAUCGCCUCCGGCACCCCUGCCAAGGACGGCUCUCAGUUCAUGGCUGCCGCCAACGGCGGCAAGUCCGCUUGGACUGCCGGUAGCCCCAACGGCGCCUCCACCAACGGCAGCUCUGCCGUUCAGCCCCUCGACACCUUCGAGGCCCCCGCCAACGGCACCACUGCCGCUGCCCCCGCUCAGGUCCAGGCCUCCGACAGCUGGAUGUCUUCUCUGCCCUCUGAGGAGGAGCAGAUGGAGCGCCUCAAGGAGGAGGACGAGUGGAACACCGUCUCCAAGAAGUCUUCCAAGAAGGCCAAGAAGGAGGUCCAGGCUCCCUCCCCCGAGCCCGCCGCCGCCGCUGUCGCUCCCGCUCCCGCUCCGGCCCAGUCUCGCCCGAUCGCCCAGGCCGUCCAGAAGCCGGCCGCCUCCAACGGCAAGGCUGCGAAGCCCGCCCAGUCCUACGGCUCCUUCUCUGCCCUCGGCGAGGAGGAGUGGGAUGUAUAA